AAGUUGCUUUUUCAAAUAUAGUGUAUGAUCUAGGGUUUUUUCGUUUGAGUGAAGUUCGUUCGUCCUGAUUAUAUUGAUUUCUCUAUAAUUGUGAAUUUUUGAGGUCAUUGUAAGGUGAUUUGAAUUAAAAAGAACAAUAAAAACUAUGUCAACAUCAGAGCAAGACGCAGUACAUUCAGAGCUAAUAACGGAGCCUUUACAAAACCAAUCAGUUUCCAAAGACACUUCGAAGUUACAAAAUAUUGAACAAAAUGUAGGAAGUACUUUAGUACCUCCUUUAGUUCCUACCAGUGGUGAGACAGCAGCGUCGACAACUGCAGUAAUUGGGAAGAUAUCGCCCAAAAAGCCUAAGAAACGAAAACCGAAGGUGCCUCGUGAUGUGACUGCUCCGCGGCAACCUCUUACUGGGUAUGUGAGAUAUUUGAAUGAGCGCCGCGAUCAGUUGCGAGCCGAGCACCCGGAGUUGGGGUUCGCGGAACUGACGCGGCAACUGGCCAGUGAGUGGAGCAAAUUGCCUAUGGAAGAGAAACAACACUACCUAGAUGCUGCCGACCAAGAUAAAGAAAGAUACAUAAAAGAAUGGACUGAGUACAAGAAGACAGAUUCUUACAAGGAGUUUAGAAGACAGCAGUUGGAGCAAAAGGACAUUGCUGGUGCCUCUAAAAAGGCUAAACACAAUCCUCCACAAAAUGUUGACACUACAGCCAAUACGGUUGGUAAUCAAUUAGGGUCAGAACAAAACACAGUGACUACAAAUAGCGCGGUUGCAACUACCCCGGCAACGGCUCUACGUCAGCAAACGCCGCCUCGGCCUAAACCAUGCAUCACACCUGCUUUGGGAGAAGAAUUGAAUGGAGAUACAGAGAUCCCAAUCUUCACAGAUCAGUUCCUGCAGCAUAAUAAGUUGAGAGAAUCUGAACUUAGGCAGCUGAGAAAGGCCAAUUCAGAUUAUGAACAGCAGAAUGCCAUUCUACAAAGACAUGCUGAAGAGGUGAGCGGGGCGACAGCUAGGCUUCGUGCGGAGACCGCGGCUGCAGCGGAGAGAACGGCGGCAUUGGUUGCGAACAGGCGAGCACUUGUUGCUGCCCUCGUGCAAGGGUUACAGUCAGUGGCUUUGCCAGGUGGACCAACAGGCGCGACGGAAAAUAACAUUGAAGAAUACAUGGAGAAGUUGCAAAAUCUAGCAAGUGACACAAAAAGCUACACUGCAGUCAAGCAGGCACGAGAUAUUCUAAACAGAAUUGAACUUCCUAUGAAUUAGGUGUAUCUAUGAAAUACAUUUAAAAAAAAGUAUGAAUAAUUUAAUGAGAAAUAAAUGAGUAUA